AUGAGUGGUGUCUCACUAACCAAUGAGAGCUGGGGAUUUGAUAAAGAGGGUGGGGUUUUAACUGCCCCUCCCCCAGCUCCGCCCCCUCCCCCACCCCUGCCUGCUGUACACUCUGCAGAGAGGAAGAGGAAGGUGAAGAGUUUCUUCUGGAAACCCAUCCCUGAAGACCGUGUUCAUCAGCAGGACAGACCCAAUCUGUGGAACCUCGGUCCAGACAGCAGAGAGCGGACGCUCCACAUCGACAUCACUGCCAUCCAGGAGCUGUUCGGACACCACCAGGACACGCCGGUGUUCAGAUCAGCUCCUGUCAGAGACCGCAGACAGCAGGUCAGCAUCCUGGACUCCAAGAGAAGCUUGAACAUCUCCAUUUUCCUUAAACACUUUAAAAAGUCCCCUGAGUGUCUUCUGGAUGCUGUUCUUCAUGGAAACACGGGAGUUUUCUCUGCGGAGUCUCUGAAAGAGCUGCUAAAGCUCCUGCCGGAGGAUGACGAGUUGAAGAAUCUUCAGAUGUUCAGUGGAGACCUCAAAGACCUGGCGCCCCCUGAUGCCUUCAUACACCAGCUCAUCAAUUUACCCAGGUAUGAGGACCGUCUCCAGGCUCUGCUGCUGAAGGAGGAGUUUUUCCCCUCAAUCUCAGUGAUGAAAGACGAGCUCUUCGUCAUCCUGAGUGCCAUUAAAGAGCUGCUGAACUGUGAGGAGCUCCACAGUGUCCUGCAUUUAGUGCUGCAAGCUGGAAACAUCAUGAAUGCUGAUGGCUCUGCUGGAAACGCUGUGGGCUUCAGACUCUCGUCUCUUCUUUCUCUGGCUGACACUAAAGCCAACAAACCCGGGAUGAACCUGCAGCACUUUGUGGCUCUGGAAGCUGAGAAGAAAGAUCUGCUGCAGUUUCCAGACAAACUUCUGCACGUGCAGCGAGCAGCACGAGUGUGUGUGGACAGUAUCCACACAGACUUUAAUUCUCUGAGCAGGAGAGUUCUUCAGCUCCAGCAGAUCCUCCACACAGAUGAAGAGCUCCAGUCCUUCCUAAAGAAAGCAGCUGAAGCUCUGCAGGAUCUGAGCGUCAGUAUUGAUAAGCUCCAGAGGGAAUCAGACACUCUACUUGAUUUCUUCUGUGAGGAUAAAGACUCCUUUAAACUGGACGAGUGCCUGAGAAUAUUCCAGAACUUCUGCUCAAAAUUCAGAAAAGCAGUUCAGGAGAACGUGGAGCGAGGAAUGUGGGAGGAGUCUCGGCGCAGGCGUCUGAAGGAAUCAGAGGACAAGCGUCACUCCUGGGCGGGGCAUGAGGGAGCAGGCGGGGCUUACGAGUUAAGAUCCAAUAGUGAAGCAGAUGUAGAGGCGGCUUUAAAGAGGGAGGGGCUUCUGGAGCUUCUCCACAGUCCACUUCUGCGGCCCAGAAGCGGCCAUCACUCAAAACAACAAAAGAUCGUAAACAAACACGAACUUCCUCCAAUACACACGCUCUCUAUAACAGAUACACGAGUACACAAUGAAACAAACACACACGAUCAGGCCAGCGAAUGUGAGAUUAGCACAAAAAUAGAGGAGGUUGUUGACCACCAGGAGGCGCUCUUUAUUUCACCGAAAACUGACCUCCAAAUUACAGAACAUACAGAAGUGACUCCAAAUAUGCCAAUUAUCGAUGAUCAGAGGGAAAAAAUAAAUACGUCUGAACUAUUGAUCAACACUAGAGAAACACAAACAACCAGCAAACAAACAGCCACCUCUAAAAACAGGCCGUCACUUUCUGCUAAAUCGUCAUUAUCUUGUAAAUCGGAAACUGCGAACGUGAGAAAGGUCGUUCCUCUCCGUCAGUCCAAUUCUGCUGUGCGAACCAAUCGGAAUGCUCUCAACAAUCCUGGAAAAACCCAAUCAGCUCGCAGCUCACCGGUGGAGAAGAUUUGUCGAAUUACACUUUUGGGCGCUGCUCAAAAUUUGCGCGAUUCCACAAUCAAACCUCAAAACUUCGCUCGCAACACCAUUGCGUCCGCGACACGCAUCGGAAAACAGUCUUCGAUUCCUAAUGCGUCACCAUUGAUGCGUGCGGCUUCACUUAGACUCUCACAGGUCAACAAAAAACAGGAAAUGACAGCAGGAAGUGAUCGUCUUAUGCCCCCUACUGGACAACAUAGGAAAAGCAGAAAUACUAACGAUUCUAGAAACCAACCUUCAGCUCAUAAAGUGUUUCCAUUAGCACGUACAGCUUCAUUUAAACUCUUUCAGAUCAACAAACAACAGCAAUCAACAACAGAAAGGGAUCCUCUGAUGCCCCCUGCUGGACAUCAGUUGAAUAGCAGUAACACUGUUGAUUCUAGAAAACAGUCUUCGGAUUCUAAAGUGUCUCCACUGAUGCGUGCGGCUUCACUUAGACUCUCGCAAAACAACGAACAACAGAAAACGGCAGCAGGAAGUGUUCGUCUGAUGCCCCCUGCUGGACAUCAGAGGAAAAGCAGAAAUGCUAACGAUUCAGGAAGCCAAUCUUCAGUUCAAAAUGUGCCUACGACUUCAUUUAGACUCUCGCAGGACAACAAAGAACAGGAAACUGCUGGAGGAAGUGUUCAUUUAACAUCCCCUGCUGGACAACAGAGGAAAAGCAGAAACUCUGUUAAUUCUGGAAGCCAUUCUUCAGCUUCUAAACUGUCUCCAUUGACACGCACCGCUUCGCUGAAAAACACUUUCGAUGCUAGAAAACAGUCUUCCGCUCAUAAAGUGUCUCCACUGAGGCGUACAACUUCGCUUAGACUCUCGCAGGACAACAAACAACAGGAAACGGCAGCAGGAAUUGACCAUCUGAUGCCUCCCGGUGGACACCAGAGGAAGAGCAAGAACAUUGUCGAUUCUGGAUACCAAUCUUCAGCUCAUAAAGUGUCUCCAUUGAUGCGCAGCGCUUCAUUAAGGUUCUCAAAUAGGCACCAAGAAACAGCAGCAAGAAGUGAUUGUCUGACACCCCCUUCUGGACAACAGAGGAAAAGCAGAAACACUGUCGAUUCUGGAAACCAAUCUUCAGCUCAUAAAGGGACUUAACUGAUGCGUGCGACUUCACUUAGACUCUCGCAGAUCAACAAAGAACAGGAAACUGCUGGAGGAAGUGUUCAUUUGACACGCCCUGCUGGACAACAGAGAAAAGCAGAAACUCUGUCAAUUCUGAAAACCAAUCUUCAGCUCAUAAA